AGUAUGUUUCUGAGAAAGUAACAAAAUUCUAACAUGGCUCAAAGUUCACAAGAACCCAUUUUGUGUAAUAUGUAUUAUGACCUUUAAUGAUUUUAUAGUUUAUCUUGCGUGGUACUUUUUACCUGCUUUGUGUGGCUUAUAAAACUAUUCAAUACCCAGUCUAUUAUGACAAAUUAUACUUGGACAGAUAAUGAAUGAUUCAACCAGGAAACUAAAACCACAGGGUUAGUGUGCUUGCAUUCACACCUCGUCCUUUGAUAUUCUGCUUCUAUAUUGUGCAGUGUAUAUAUAAAUGGAUAGUGCAAAUGACAUGUGGACAGCUUCUUAAAACCACUUAAAAAGCACCAUGACUUUACCACAAACCAGCACAAAAAACUCCCGCUCAGUAAAUCAAAACUAUAGAAAACAAUAUAAGCUUUUCAGAGCAGAGGAGCAGAGGGGAGUGACUCAGAUCUGCCCAGUCUCCUCUCCACGCUGCUGGUGCUCACAAGCCCUUAAUCUGGACAGCGAUGCAAAUAGGCUAAAAAACGUCCCUGCCAGACAUUUGCAUUUAAACAAAUUGAUAAAGGUCAUUUUGUGGAGCUGGGUGAAGCACAGAGUGGCGUGUGUCCAGCCCUUUUCACAGAGCGGUUUAUACUCUCACCUCAGUAUGGUCCUGAUGAACGCAGAGACAGGGAUCAACUACUGCAGGGGAUAAACUGAGGAAGAGACACAUACAGACAUCAUGGACACAGAUUUUUCCAAGCGGGUUUACCAAGGCGUCCGGGUCAAACACACUGUGAAGGACCUCCUGGCUGAAAAACGAUCUCGACAGACCAGUGGACCCAGAUACACUGGGGGGUCCACCACUCCACCUUCUUUCAUGCAGAUGUCAGGAUCUCAUGUCCUGCCUGGGUACUAUGGCAUGAGACGCACCUUCGAUUCGGAUUUCUGCUCCUCCACAAAACAAUUCUCCCCGGACUUAUACUCGUCCAGCCUGGGGGCCAAGGCGCUGGGCUGUGAGGCUCCCACUAUGAGCAGCUACUCCUCCCUCAUCGACAGCUAUUACCCAGAAACCUUUGGGGACUACCGCACAGCCUCUGCCUUCUCCAGCUCCGGGGGGUCUUUCCUGCCCUCCACAGCCCUGUCCUCUUUGCUGCCUCCCUUCAGCAGUGACACCUCCUCACAUCUCUUUCUGAGGGAUUCGUGGGAGCAGCCAGUCUCUGAGCCGGUGUCUCAGGUGGACCCUCUGUGUGGGGACAGUCUGGCCCCUGUCUCUGUGCCCGCGUCCAUGCCCAGCCCCGAGACCCCCGGCAGUCCGUCCCAGUACCGCUCUCCCAGCCGAGGUUCCUCUCUGGCGCCAAUCAGCCAGCCAUACACUCUCCAUCCACUAGAGGACGCCCACUACCACUCCCUCACCACCACCUCAGGCAGUAGCCCAUACACCAGUGCCUCAUCCUAUGUGUGCCCACCGUACAUAAGCACCCCAGAGCUCAUGUCCAAGAUGGUCAGUGAGGAGGGUGACAACCACAGCCUGCCCCCCACCAGCGACAGUCACUCGUCCUGGGCCAAAGAGGAUGCGGUCAGCUCUUGGUCUCCGUAUGAAAUCAGGAGAGCCUACUGAGACCAAAGACUGUACUGUAGCAGGUUGGACAGUAGGGGCGCUGUUGUGGUGAAGCACAAACAGACACUUUUUUAAUGAAAUAAGAAGUUUUAGGUCAAUAAACUUUUCUGUGUAACUAUUUUAGCUGUUCCUUUCAUAACUUUAUUUAUUUGAAACUUAUGGAUAUGGCCAAAGCAAAGAUGUAGCUUACAUUACUUAACUUUUUAAAUCUUAAUCGAACUAUUUGCACUUUCCUCUUUCCUCUUUUUAAAUUUAAACCUUUGUGUGACAGAAACUAGACUCGAUGCUCAACAUUCUCUCAUACUUAUAGCUUGACUCAGGUAAAAAUGUACUGUUGUUAUUUCUGAUUUACUUAUGUUUCCACAAUUACUCAAGGGCUGGGUCACAUCAUUUUUUACACUGUAUUGAUCUAUCGCUUUUUUUUUUUAAUUCUUUCUUAAAAACAAAAUAAAAGUUUUAACUCUGCUUCAAACCAAUGUGUUUAAGAUUGGACUGACAGAGGAUUGGCUGUAUCUCAAGCUCAAUUAAAAUGUAAUUAAUUGCCCAGCUCUAAUUAAAGAAAUGUUCUAUUUUUCUUCACAUCAACUAUUAGCUUUGUAAUAUACGUUACUACACUCCUUAACAGUUUUUGUAAAAGUACUAUAGUAUGUAGCAAUGGUUUCUAUGCAAUAUAUUUAAGGCUUGGUAUGUUUCAAUAAAGAAAAAAAAAAGUUGUAUUACUGCUCCAAAACAUUUGACUGAUGACAUAUUUGAAUGACAUUCGUCUCGGAUUUUUUGUUGUUGUUUUCUUUUAACGAAAUCACAACUUUAAGCUCUGUCAUGUUGUACUCAUCUUUAGCCACGUGAUGGCGCUUCAACACCUGAAUAAAAGGUACAGACUUGAUAAUAAGCCAGCU